AUGUUCCUCGCCCUCACCGCGACGGCGACGCUCACAGCCGAGCAAGAGGAGGAGCUCGUCACGCUGAUUGACGCGAGCGCGUCUGCGGUGGCCCAUCUUCCGACGACCUCUCGGGCGCGCGACGAGAUCCGGCUCCUGCAUGGCAAGCUCACAGAGCUGCAGGCGGCGGCGGCGACCGUGACGCCCGAGGAGUGGGACAUCAUGCUCCGCGCUCUUCUCCGCGCAAACCACUACGGCAGUGCGCCGCCUCUGCGCAACACGCAACCGCCGCCGGGCGUGGCUGCCCUGCGCGAGGCGCUAGCCGCCGAGGGACUGCAGGAGCAGCUCCCGCUCGCCGCCGCUCACGACGACGAGCGGCUCAAGCGGAGCGACGAUCUCGGCGAUCUCGACAAUCUCGAGACAAUCUCGCGCGAGGAGCGGCUCAAGCGGAGGCCACCUCCGUGGGAGCGGGACUGCGACUGCUGCUUCGAGCGCUGCCCCGCAGGCAACCACGCGCACUGGGCCUUGCACUUUGAAUGCCGCCACCACUGCCUCCGGCAGUCCGACGGCUUGCUGCUCGCGUGCCGCGGGGCGUCACUCGGCGAGGUUGUCGAGUCACUCGGCGAGGUUGUCGACGCCGCUUGGACCGCCUCCCCGCUCCCCUGCGCCGCCGCCGCCAUCGGCGCCGGGCUCGCCAUCGGGCUUUGGGCGCGUGCGCAGCUCCUGCCGCACCGUGUGAGACGGCGAAAGCGCGCUGCGGAUUGAUCAUCGAUCGCCGUCGCCUCGCACACAGUCGUCUGAAGCGUCGUCGUGCCGAGACGCGGAGUCUUGCGUAUAACGGGUAGUAUCCCCCAUAACGGGCCUCCAGAUUGUGCUCAAGGCGGGGUGCCAGCUCGGGCUGCUGCCUUCUGGGGAGAAGAAGCGAAAGGCGGCGUGACACGCCGCAGCUGCGAGCACCUCGCGCAGGACAUCCACCAGCCUCCAGCCACCAGGGAGGGAGGCGGAGGGGUAGUUUGGCGUGACCUUUGGCCAUCACAACGGUGUUGAGUGUGUGCCUCUGUGUGGUCGCAGGUCACACUCGUCGAGUUC